AUGCCUGCAAAUGCAUCACCUGAAGAAUCUUCUGAAGAGAAAGCUAGAUUAAUAAAGCUGAAUAACCGACUUAAAGAAGUCGAAGAUGAAAAUCAAAGACUCAAAGAAGAAUUAAAAGAUGAAAAAAACAAGAACAGAGUAUCGAAACAAGAAUCGGCUGAUCUAAAAACCAAACUACAAGAAGCUAGAAAGAAGGAAGACACAAAUAAAAUUACCGAUGUGGCAGUGACUUCAUCCCCAAUACCACCUGCCAACGACGAAGAAAAAGCACGGAUAUCAGAAGAGCUACAAUCGGUCAAAAAAGAGUUCGAAAAUGAGAAGAAAAAAUGUGAAGAAGAAAUCAGUAGAAUAUCAGAAGACCUGAAGAAGGCAAAUAAGGUACUUGAAACAGAAAGAAAUACAGGUGAAGCAAAGGUGAAAAAGUUGGAGGAUGAGUUAAAUCAAGCUAAACAACAGGCAGAAGCAGAGAAGAAUGACAGAGUCAAAGCUGAAGAAGACAGAGAAAAACUUAAACGUGAAAAGGAUACGGCUGAAAACACGCUUGCCCAUACUAGUAAGGAACUAGAAAUUGCUAGAAGGGAAAGUCAUAUACCCAGAAGUCCAACAAGGGCCCCAUCGGAUGAAUGGAAGUCAAAAAUAGAAAACGCAGAAAUGGAGCUGAAGAAGGAGAGAGAGCAAAGACUAGAAAAGGAAAGAGAAAAUAGCAGAUUAGUCAGCGAUAAAGACAUACUGGAGAAGGAAAAGAAAGCUCUUCUGGACGAAAUAGAAAAACUAAAAGCUUCCAAGGAAGACGAACUUGAAAACUUGAGAAAGGACUUGGAAAUGAACUAUAAGAACGAUACAAAACGACUAGAAGAUACCAUAAGAGACAUGAAGGCAUCACUGAGAGAUUCAGAAACUGCGAAGGAAAAGUUACUCACAAGACUUAGUUCUCAGACUGCAGCUCAGGUGUUGGACAACAACCCUAACGUCUCGGACCUGAGUGACCCGAAUAGACCACAGAAGCUUGGAGAGCAACUAUCACAAGUUUAUGAUGAGCAGUGGACAGAUGCAACUGAAGCCCUUGAAAAGCUAGAGAAAAAUGAAGAAGACAUUCUGAAAACUUUAUUAGAUCUCAUUGUUGCUAUUUAUAAACAUUGUAAAGAAGCGGCGGAGAACCAGCUAUCACGUAUAGAAGAGGAUUUGUUCUUACCUCCCCUGGAAAAUGCAUCAACCAAUGGUCCCGAGACAAAUGGUACAGAACAUCUGAAGAGUCCAACAACUUCCAAACAUUCCAUGUCAAAGGAUAAUGAGAAUUCCGGUGCAAGGGAGAAAGAUAAUCCCAAACGUUCCCUUUCUAGUUCCAAGGUAAAAGGAGAAAAAUUACCAGAAAUUCCAGCAGAAGUGAGAAAGGGUAUAAAAGAAUAUAGAAAGAAAGUAACUAAACAAGUCUGGCCGGUCAUAGAAAAGGAAGUCUUAAGCAAACUCCGGAAGAAUGACGAGUUUGAUGAGGGUGUUAUCGAGGCCUGUAUGCGAUAUAUUACAAAAUGCGUGGAAAUCUGUUGGCUCAUGCGGGUACAGGAUCCCCCGGUAUCGCUGUCUUGGACUGUCCCCGAAGAUAAAUCGUUUAAUGGCGAUGUUUACCGAGCGUACACGAAAAGUGGCACCCAUGUUGAAUACGUCGUAUGGCCGACAAUAUACCUUUAUGAAGAUGGACCUAUCUUAAUGAAAGGCGUGGCACAGGGAACCAAACAAUAAAUGUCAUUGCCUUUCUGAUACCAAAACAAUUGUAAAUGAAUAAGUGUUCCACAUCGGUUUUAAUAGACAAAUUUUAUGUAAUGUCUUUAUUAAAAACCAAGGAAUAUGACGAACCAUAAAGCUUUAAGAGUUUAAGUGAUAAAAGAAAAUGAUAUAUUCAAGAAAAACUAUAGUUAAAGACAACUUUUUAUUUCACGGUUCACAAUUUUGUUGAAAAUAAAAUGAAACUUGACCUCAAACACCGCAAUUUCGGGUUAAACGUGGAUAAAAACUAGGGAAAAACUACCCCGAAACUGUAACAUUAAUUUGACUUAUUGUUCACAGAAUCUGAAAAUGAUGUAAGUUAAUGCAUAUUAACAUAAUUACAUUUGGGUCAUAUUUUAGAUGAUCACAGACUAGCUGAAAACCUUAGUUGUGCCAAUUGCAUGCUCUGACAUGCAUUUAAUGUUACAGUAGCAUAUGGGUUAAGAUUGUUGCGACCUAGAUUAGACUUGCAUAAAAUAUCACCAGUUCUUACAUAUUUACACUGUAUAUAACAAAAUGCAUGGGAUUCGUACCGAAUGAGUCCCCAUACAUUUUGAAUGUGCAAUAGAAUUUUCUUGUCUCGGUUGUAGCACCAACAAAUUGCUCGUCAGAUAUGACGUCGUCUCGAGUCUAUAGAAAUUAAAUUAUCCACUUGGUUAUCCCCUUAAAUCAUUGGUGCAAACUGAAAUUGGUUUUAAAUCAAUAAUUUAUUUGGAAUCCUCAGCCAUAGGAAGUCGGUCAGGCCCACACGGAACAUAUUAUCAAGAAUAGAAAAUUUAGAACGAAAUACACAAUGUAACUUUGCCUUAUUGCGUGAGCUGGUGUUUUAAGGGGUCACGUUGCUAUCCCUUCAGAAUUGGCAUAAAAAGAAAGUCAGUCUGUACAACAGCUGCAACCGAAAUGUGACCCGAUUCAUUUUACUGGAAGGUGGUCCAGUUGCAAACAUUUGGGCCGUCAAUCCAGAAGAAUCGGGUUCGAUUAUCGGCCUGCGCAAAUGAGUUUUCUGAAACACAACUACCGUUUUAGACCCCAAGGGGCAUGCAUUUGUGUAUCGGUGCUCCACACUGGGCAUGAUGAAAAUCUAGAAUGUCUGUCAAAAAGAGCAAGGCUGUUUUAUCCGGACAUCUCUAUAUCUUAACAUUUCCCACUCUUUGUACUGGGGAAGGCGGGGGCGGGGGCUUUGUCUCGCUCGGCAGUUCGCUCUGCACUUGUAAAGGAUGUUUUUCUCUUCCUGGGUGCUGUAUUGUGUGUUAAGCACCUUUAACUGUGUUUAUCAUGAUAAGGGUGUGUAUAAAUUUGGUAUAAUAUUCAUGCAACAUGAUACAUUAAAAUAUAUUCGACUUCCAUGUUUCGUAGUUUACUGGGAUAUGUAUCAUUUAUCGAAUUAUGAACAG